GGCCGGGCCAUGGGGCCAGCCCCUGCCAGAGCCCGCUUCGCAGCCGGCCUCUUCUGGGCGCUGCUGGGCGCGGCGCUGGGCAUGGCGGGGAGCAGGCAGGAGACGUCGCUUUUCAAGUCCUUGGGCCUGAGCGCCAAGCCGACCCCCGCGGCCCCGGCCCCGGUGCCCUCCGUGCUGUGGCGCAUCUUCCAGGGCCGGGCGCUGCCUCCCCCCGGGGACCGCGCACCGGACCGCGCCUGCCGGGUGGAGGAAUUGAACGUGCCCGGGAACAUCAUCCGCGUCUUCGCUGACCAAGGCCACUUCAUUCACAGUGGGGAGCCCAAGACUUUCCUGUGUCUGGAGAAACGUCUGUACUUUAAUUUCUCUGUGUUGGAGGAGGGGGAGCAACUGACAAUGGCUCAGCUGGAAAUCAACUUCAGCCACAACUCCUAUCACACUUCCAGUGGCGGGCAGGUCUUUGAGCUGCGGCUGUACCAAGCCCUGCAGAUGUCUCUGCGGGGGAUGUCCUCCCACACGUACAACCACAAGCUGCUGGUGGCGCAAUCCUUCGCGCAGCUGCACAAGUCCCUCCUCUUCAACCUGACCGAAGUGGCGAAGGGCUGGCGAACCCCCAGCAAGAACCUGGGCUUGAUCCUGGAGAUCUCUGUGAGCAGCAGGGACAGCGCCGAGGCCUUGCCACCCCGAAGGCUGCAGAACCUCUGUGCCAGCAUCGACUCCUUCCUCGACACCUCGCUGUUGGUGGUGUCCCUCAAUCAGAAGCAGUGCCAGGCCUCCAGGAAGAGGCGAAGCUCCUAUUAUACCCCGGUCACCCCAAGCAACCUCUGCAAGCCAAGGCGGCUUUACAUCAGCUUCAGUGACGUGGGCUGGGAGAACUGGAUCAUCGCGCCGCAGGGAUACAUGGCCAACUAUUGCCUCGGGGAGUGCCCCUUCCCAUUGACGGCAGAACUCAAUAGCACCAACCACGCCAUCCUCCAAACCAUGGUGCACUCCCUUGACCCAGAAGGAACCCCCCAGCCCUGCUGCGUCCCAGUCAGGCUGUCCCCCAUCUCCAUCCUGUAUUACGACAACCAUGAUAACGUGGUGCUGAGACACUACGAGGACAUGGUGGUGGAUGAGUGUGGCUGCAGGUAAUGGAGCUGCUCAUCGAGAGGUGACUAGGGAAUCGAAUGGGUCUCUGGAGUAACUGGGAUUUUUGAUGUAAUAGGUCAAAACGUAUUAAGUCUCCUUCGUGUGGGUGGGUAGGGCCCUCCCUUCCAUCCCUUGGUGCAGUUAAUGGCAGAACUACCCCUUUGACGCAGUCGCAAAAUGCAGCCUCAAGGGGGAAGCUCUUGACUUCUGGCAUCAAGAGGAUAAUGCAGUUUGGGAUUCUAAUGUAAUGCUGAUUGGCUGGAGGCAUCAGGCUUCCAAACUCCCACCUGCUGGGGUUUCACCCAGCUUUGCUGGGAACCUGGUGAAAUCUAAUGGUGAUAGUCUGAGCCUCCUUUCCCCUCCUCCCCCAUUCCCCCUAGUGCUGAGCACAGGAUGUUGGCACCAGCUCCUUAGUCCCAACACUCCUGUCCCUGUGCCUCCUUCCUCAGUUCUGACCUGGAGGCACCGGUGUGGUGCAGUACUGUAUCCAUCCUGUACGGCUGGAGCUGGUGCCCAUGACACUGUCCUAGACAUUGAAGAAUGAGUUCUGCUGGCCCUUCAGUGCCCCGUAGGCCCCGCCCCCUUAGCUUGCCCACGCUCGUAGGAACAGUACCACUGUCCACCACGGCUGGAUUCUCAGCUUCUUGAGCUAAGUGGUGUGAGCCUAGCAUGGAUUUUUUUUUUUCUAGAACAGGAAGACAAUUUGGCUAAAUUCUGCUCUUUCCACUGACUGAAGAAAUGACCAGGUCUUCAGUUUGAUUAAGUUCUUUCUCCUCCACUGGGCUGUACUGCAACUAAAAUAUCACCUCUGCCUGGAGCCUGAUACCACAUUGCUCUUGAAAGGGCAUUAUUGGUACCAGCUGUUAGAUGUCAGGACAGUGGGGCAUGGGGAAGUGAAGUGAAUUGACUCAGUGCGAAGAGGUGUUUUCAGACUGAGAGCUCUCACCGGAACAUCCUAGCAAUGUAAAACACGCCUUUUUGUGGUGAAGAUGUAGCCUGGCUUUUGAAUAAGGCAAGAAGCCUGGCUUGGGAAAUUUGGCCUAAAUUUGUUUUUUAAGGGGCCAUCAAUUUUGGGUGUCCAACUUGAUUGAGGGGUGCUGAGCACUCACCAAUCCCACUGACUCGGUGCAGGAAAAAAAAUUCAAGUGGCCAAACAAAUUUAAAGAAUCAAUGAAUUGUCUUUUAAGUAUUACGUGUUACCCAUUGAGUGUGAAUCUAGUCUAUGGCUGGCAAUCAGGCAGAUGGCUGCAGAAAGCAGUAGAAAGAUGAAUAGACAAAGUCUCCUUUUAAAAUAGGUUUUCACCUUGAUUAGUGUCAGAGUUCUCUCAGUAAUAGGGACAGAAAAAUAUUCCCCUCCUAAUAAUUGUCUUUUAUAAGAUAUUAGAUAAGCAGCCAAUGCCUAAACAACAUCCUAGUAAAUAAAUAUGGGGGGGGGGGGGUUGUAAAGCAGUGGCUUGUGCAAUUAUUUAAUGCACUACCCUGUCACCUGUGGAGCAAUGAGGACUUGUUUCAGUGAAAGUAGCUUAAUAGUCUCAUUUUAGCAUGAUUCCAGUUGACUCCAUAAGAGUUUAACACUGUUUGUAGCAGGAACUAGGACUACUUAGUCCUUUACAUAUUGCACUGUUUAAACAGAUUAUGUAUGUUAAGGCAUCAGGGGUAUGUCCAAUAGACCUGUUGGACCGGCAAUGGCAUUGUGAAAGGCAGAUCAAGUUUGCUGUAUUCAAGUCAGUGGGGUGAGGACCCUCUCCCUCUUCAACACCUAUGAAUGAAUUGCUGAAGGUGCCUGUCCUUCAGAUGAUGGGUAUGAGCUGAAAGACAGGAAAAGGGAUGACUUCUAAGUACAGAAUUUCACAGAGAUCCUUCAUAGCAGCAAUGCUCAGCCUGAAUUCCAGAGGAACAGAGGCAGUUGAAGUUUUAAUAGGUCUCCACCUACACUACCAUAAGCCAGCCCUGUUCUGAAAGUAAUCAGUUUAUUAGCUAGUGCCAGGGGAUAAGUGGCUGAGGGAUGGCCUGUUUUCUUCAAAGUGGGAUUCAUGUUAAAAUAAGAUUUGGGGUGGGUGGGGGGUGUUUGAAGUCUUAAAGUGGCCAUGCUUGAAGCCUGGGCAAAGUUGCCAGCUCAUUCCCGUCUUGCCAGUGAGGUGCUGCACUUGUUAGAAGUAAAUCAACCACAGCUGCUCAGCUGAAGCUCUGAGUCAUGUGACUUGAGUAAUCCCUACCAGUGCAACUUUCCUCCCCUUCCAGCUGAAAAUCUCCCCCUUGCACUGAAGUGUUUCACUGUGACUGAAUUUUAGACAAGUUAUCACAACAGAACCCCUCCCAUCCCCAGGCACCAAGCACUGAACCACCCCCUCAUCUGGUGUAGCUAAAAGAAGAACAUAGCAGUUGCUAGCUACAGCUACUUUACAGUCCCAGGGCCCUACACUUUAGAUCUGUGCAUGGUGGCAACCUCUGUGGGUGGAUGUCAAACUGGAGCUCAAAGUAAAGUUUUGCCUUUCAGUGACAAAUACGGGACAAUUGUUUUAAUCGCAGUCUUUUUUUUGGGAGGGGGGAGGAGACAAGAGAAGGAGCAAGGAAUCUGAAUUAGACUUGAAACUCUUUUUUAAAAUGUCAGUCAGAUUGAAACUAGUGGAGACUUGUUUUUUUGUAUCUACCUUGUAAUGUGUCUUAAUAGAAAGGUUUCACUAAGUAUUAACAGGAAAGACCUUUGUCCCCAUGGGGAAACUAAAAGGUUUAUCCUCUUAUUUUAAUUAAUUUGCACAGACAAUGUACUUCCCUACCCUACCCAAUGAAUGUGUUGUGCUACUGGAUAUACCCAAAUCUUUGUUGAACAGGAGCAAGUAAGUCUGAAUACUUUAAGGCUACCACAAUUCCACACAGGUUACCUGCUGUUAUGCACUAACAUUUUCAGGUACCCUCUGCACCGCCAUUUAGGAAGCUGAUUCACAGACAUGCGCUACUGUGGAGUUCUAAGACAGUUUACCCUCUAUUAUUCUGUACAGUAAACAAGAACGACAUCAAACAUUUAAUAAAGGAAUUAGAUGCUAGUCAGAUUAGUGACUAUGGUUUAGAAGAUCAAUUACUCAAGUUUAUAAAAUAUUAAACUCAAGGGGCUAGCCCCAUCUUAAAAGAAAUCAGUCAAUUUCUUCUGAAAAAACUAGAAAGUAACAGGGAUAGGCUCAAACACCUGAUCUGCUAGUGUUUUUCCUUUUUAAAUACUUACCCUUACCUCUAAUUCCAGGAAUUAAACUCCACAUUAAAACAAACUUGGAUUUCUAUAAAAGAAGAGGGAUUUUAAGUUUUUGUUAUACUGAGUGUUUUGAAAAAUGAGUCCACAGCAGAUCAAGGAACUCAAAGCUCAGUUCAUUUAGGUCACACUUGUGAGGGAGGUUUUUGCUUUCCAUCUAAAUCUCCACUUGCAUUUACCAAAGCACAAAGAGAUGAAUGACUAAUGGGCUCUGUCCUAUCCACUGUGCAGUCCAAACAAUUAGAGGAUUCUCACGCUAGCAGGGAAAGACAGCUAUAACCAUGUGCAAUACUUUGUGGACCAGAAUGGACACAUGAAAUAGCUACUUUAGUGAUCACAGCCCCUGUGAAGUGAUGUCAGUGCACUAACAUGAAACACGCUCACAGCAUCAGCAGCCUGCGAUACUAAGCUGAGCUUGUGCUUCAGUCAGAAAGCAGUGUGGAAAAGUUUACUGUAUUUGUACCUUAAAUCGUGCUACUGUCAAAUGCUUGACUGCUGUACCAAAUGCAGUUGGUGGCGUCAAUGGUUUAGAUUGAUAGACCCAGUCUUAAGUCAGCAUGUGUGAGCUGAACUUUAUUAAAAAGGAUUUAUUCAAUUAC